UCAAAAUCCGAGUCGGCAACACUAGUUGGCCGGCCGCGUCGAUGGCGCUGUCUGCAUUGUUUUGAAAAAUAAACUUAAAAAUUAGUAUUCCUAGAAAUAUUGUUAAAAGUAAAUACUUACUCGAAUGUAAGUAGCGUACUGUGUCAGUUUUAUAAAUAUGUUGGUUCUGUUUGAAACGCCGGCGGGCUACGCAAUAUUCAAGUUGUUGGAUGAAUCAAAACUAUCACAUAUAGAAGAUUUGUAUCAAGAAUUCAACUCUCCUGAGGGCGCAUCUUCUGUGGUGAAACUAAAGAAUUUUGUCAAGUUUGAAGAUACAACUGAGGCGCUGGCGGCCACUACUGCAGCUAUUGAGGGAAAAAUCUCCAAGCCAUUGAAGAAAACUCUCAAAAAGUAUGUGUGCAAGGAGGUGCAAGACCAAUUGCUAGUAGGAGAUGCCAAGUUAGGAAGUGCCAUAAGGGAAAAGUUUGAUUUACAGUGUGUAUCUAAUUCUAAUGUCCAAGAAUUAUUGAGAUGUAUUCGCUCACAAAUGGACAGCUUAUUAUCCGGGUUGCCAAAGAAAGAGAUGACAGCUAUGGCUCUCGGGCUCGCACAUUCUCUGUCCAGGUACAAACUGAAGUUCUCACCAGAUAAAAUCGAUACAAUGAUAGUACAAGCUCAGUGUCUUCUAGAUGACUUAGAUAAGGAAUUGAAUAACUAUAUCAUGAGGUGCAGAGAGUGGUACGGCUGGCAUUUCCCUGAGCUCGGAAAGAUCAUAACUGACAAUACAUUAUUUGUUAAAAUUGUAAAACUUAUAGGCACACGAGAUAACGCAUCAAAGACUGACCUCUCUGACAUCUUACCUGAAGACUUAGAAGAAAAAGUGAAAGAAGCUGCAGAAAUAUCAAUGGGCACUGAAAUAUCCGAUGAUGAUAUUAUGAAUAUACAAAACUUGUGUGAUGAAAUCAUUUCUAUAACAGAUUAUAGGACACAUUUAACAGACUACCUCAAAGCUAGAAUGAUGGCAAUGGCUCCGAAUCUGACAGUAUUGAUCGGUGAACACAUUGGAGCUCGGCUUAUAGCUCAUGCUGGAUCUCUCAUGAACCUUGCGAAGCAUCCGGCCUCUACAGUACAGAUAUUUGGGGCUGAGAAAGCCUUGUUUAGAGCUUUAAAGACAAAGAAGGACACUCCUAAGUAUGGUUUGAUUUACCACGCACAGUUGGUGGGUCAGUGCAGUGCUAAGAACAAGGGCAAGAUGUCUCGAAUGUUAGCGGCUAAAGCUGCUUUGGCGACUCGAGUUGAUGCUUUCGGUGAAGAUGUCUCAUUUGAAUUAGGAGCUGAACACAAAGUAAAAUUGGAGAACAAAUUGAGGCUUCUAGAAGAAGGUAACUUGAGGCGGAUCAGUGGCACGGGGAAAGCUAAAGCUAAGUUUGAGAAGUAUCACAGUAAAAGUGAGGUGUUCAAUUACCCAGUGGGUGCUGACAGUACUCUCGGCAAGAAACCAGUGAAGAGAGAACACUCUCCGGACGAAGAAAAUGGCCAAGUUUCCUCCAAGAAGAUCAAAUUGGAAGAUGGAGCUCAUGAUGUUUCACCCAAAAAGAAGAAAAAAGGAAUGAAAGAAGAAAUGGAAGUUAAAGAGGAAUCGUUCGAGGACAACGGCGUGGAGGCCGAGGAGGCCGGCGCCGCGCCAGACAAGAAGAAGAAAAAAAAGAAAAAAUCUAGGUCUUCAGAGGCGCCGGAGGCCGGAGGAGGGAACGAAUAAAAUUAAAAAUGUAAAAAACUAAAACGCUGUUGUUUUACUUCUAUUCUUUUUUUUUGUUUUUGAAGUUAAACUUCUUUCGGACGGGGUGUAAAUGAAUAAAAUUAAGGUAAAAAAACUUUUUUAAAAACAAGCUUUUCUUUAAAUGCGCUAAAAAGAAAAAAAAUAAACUUAUACACUAAAACUUUUAAUGUUAACUUAUAACGUCAUUUCAAAUUUAACACAUUUGACACAAUUUAUAUGUUAUAAAAGCUUGUCGCGAGAGUACUCGUAUUUACUUGCUGCCUAUUAACAUUUUAAAACUAAGGUAACAUCUUAUUACAUUUAACUAAGUAAAUACGAGUACUUAAAUCUCGCGACAAGCUUUUAUAGCAUAUAAAUUGUAUCAAAUGUGUUAAAUUUGAAAUGACGUUAUAAGUUAACAUUAAAAGUUUUAGUGUAUAAGUUUAUUUUUUUUCUUUUUAGCGCAUUUAAAGAAAAGCUUGUUUUUAAAAAGGUUUUUUUUACCCUAAUUUUAUUUUAUACUUUUUAGUUUUCACCUGAUAAGUUACUAAGUCUGUUCAUCUCCUUCAGCGUACCAUUAUUGCAAGGUCGUUUGCCAGUUAAUUUUCAACAGUCCAGCUCUUCAAUGAGGAGCCCUUCUAAUGAUUUCACCCUACUUAAGGCCACAUAUGCUUGACCAGCGGCAAAGAACUUCGAGCCCAAGUAUACAACGGCAUGGUCGACGGUACUACCCUGCAUUUUGUGUACCGUACAAGCCCAACAUAAUAUAAUUGGUAACAUUCUCCUUUCUGCAGUGUCGUGACUAUAUUUUGCUGGAAAUUGCAGUCAGAGAUUGAAUGAGAUGAACGCCGUCUAUACGACCGUAUAGGUAUGUCAGUAUCAUACCGAGCCCUUACCGCCAAAUUAUCGUAAGCGACACUCGCCAAAUUAUCGUAAGCGACACUUUGCGUCGAAAUGCGUUUUUUGUGGAAACUAAUAUGUUAAACCGUAACGGACCCAUCUCUGUUGAUAUUUCCCUCUAUUCUUCCCUCUAUUAUAUUAUUACGGUGUUCUUUUGGAGGGAAAUAUCAACAGAGAUGGGUCCGUUACGGUUUAAAAUAUUAGUUUCCACAAAAUACGCAUUUCGACAAAAGUGUCGCUUACGAUAAUUUGGCGAAUGUCGCUUACGAUAAUUUGGCGGUAAGGGCUCGAUACAUUUGUGCUCUCCAGAAGCAAGGCCAUAAUAUUUCUGUUAUAUAUCCGAUUGCACCAUUCACAAGACCCUUGGAUACAUCUACCUACAUUGUACCGUAACAUUACUUUCGCCGCAACAAAUACUUCUAACUCCUUAGGAAACCCUGCAGUCUUAUUUAUAUCAGAUGGUAUAAUAUUAUUUUCAUCCCACCACCUCGGAAAGUGUAAUUUUGCGCUUCGAAAUCUGGCUGGAAAAUUCUAUUUUAUUCGCUUGAGCGGCAAAGUAGAUUUGAAUUUAGAACAUCACAUAUAAUGAGUACUCAAUAUAAUUGUAAAUUCAAAACGUCAUUAAACCUAUUUAAUGUAACCUCUAUGGUGCCAAAUUUAUGAUUAGAACUUUUUAAAUUGUGAAAAAAUUUAAAUUUGGAACCUUCUUGGUUUCUUUGUUUUAUUUGCGUGCUUCGCGCCAUUCUAG